ACGCAUCUUCCCGCAAUCAUGAUGCCUUUAUUCAAAUGGUACCUUGAGGUAAGCUUCAGCUUCACUCUGCUACUGGUUCAGUUCAGCUUUCACUGGAAGGGGUCAGGCAAUUUGGAGUCGCUGUUUGAUGCGACCAUUAGACGAGCUCUUCUCUUAUCUUGCUGCACGGAUUGCUACUUUUCACCCGCCAUCCCACCUUUGUCGCAGGGUAUCUACGCUUCAGACAGCUUUCGCGCUCUACCUUGCUUGCGGGAAUGUCCAUCUCAAGGAUGUAGCGCCUUGACCGCCGCUUACACGGCCCACUGCUUCCGGGGUCUGCGAAUAGGCUAAUGGAUCUGGACCGGGUUACAACAUGUUCUCUCCGCAACUUGAAGCUGAGUUACAUCUGAUGGCCUCACCAUGCACAGUGACCUUCUGGAAGGGGAAUGGCCUGGAAGACGCCCCUCCACUUUUUCUACGCGAACAACUUCAAGCAUCUUUAAGCUUCACUCAAGCGCGAUCAAGCACCCCGUCGCUACCAACGCAAAUGCAACCUUCCUAUCUGCCUCCGUUGAUGAUGCACUCGUGCUGCGUCAUGCCAAUGUGUUGGAGACCAUCGUUGCGCUGACCCAGCUUGCCGCUGAGGACGAGCAUGCGGUCCAUGGUGUCAUGCUGUGGUGGGGGUACAGGAAGGUACAGGUAUUUCAGGUGGUCCAGGGAACCGCUGCUUUCUCUUGCUCUUCUCUCUCGAGUCCAUUUUUCCUUUUCGUGCGUGGAUCUGCUGCCCUGACUCAAAAUGCGCUUCAAUACUUGGUUGCUGGCAUGUCUUGUGCCCUGUGCCUUGGCCAUGGAAAACCCUCACAAACGUGCGCCUAAAAGGGUACACAAGCUUACCGCCUCGCAAAAUCGCCAACCUCUCGUGAAGCGCCAACAAUCGAGCUACUUGACUCCACAGACCGAGAAAUUUGCGGUGAACGGCUCCGGCAUUCCCCUUGUGAACUUUGACAUCGGCGAGUCUUAUGCCGGGACCUUGCCUAUUGACCAGAAUAGCUCGAACGUCAAUCAGCUCUGGUUCUGGUUCUUCCCUUCGGCAAACCCAGCGGCAUCUGACGAAAUCACCAUCUGGCUGAAUGGCGGACCCGGCUGCAGCUCGCUCGACGGGUUGCUCCAAGAGCAUGGUCCUUUCCUGUGGCAGAGUGGUACCUACGAGCCGCAGCCGAAUCCGUUCUCUUGGACAAACUUGACCAACAUGGUGUAUGUUGACCAGCCUAUCGGCACUGGGUUUUCUCCUGCGGCUCCAGGCGCCCCAGCGCAGAUAAGAAACGAGGUCGAUGUAGGUCGAGAUUUUGCGGGUUUCUGGCAAAACUUCAUGACCACCUUCAACCUCACUGGCCGCAAGGUCUACAUCACUGGCGAGUCAUAUGCCGGGCAGUACAUCCCUUACAUCGCCAGUUAUAUGCUAGACCAGAACAACACAGAUUACUACAAUGUCAAAGGGAUUCAGAUCAACGACCCGAGUAUUGGAUUAGACUCGGUUCUGAUCCAGGCGCCUGCUGUGACCGCGGCGAACAAUUACGAGAAUGUACUCGGCCUCAACCAAACUUUUCUACAAGAUAUCAACGCCCAAGCUGAGAAGUGUGGCUACUUUCAGUUCAUGGAAGAGGCAUUGACAUUUCCACCGCCCGGAAAAUUCACUGCACCGAAUGACUCCGCACCAGGGUGCGACGUAUGGGAUGCUAUCGUGGCGGCCGCCGUCUAUGUCAACCCUUGCUUCAACGUGUAUCACGUGCCUGACUUCUGUCCGUUCGUCUGGGACGAGCUUGGGUUUCCAUCGCUCGCAGAAGGACCGAACAACUACUUCAAUCGAAGCGAUGUUCAAGCUGCUAUUCACGCACCGCCCACCAAUUACGUGAUAUGCGGUGACGACGAAUUAUUCCCUAACGGUGACGAAUCAGAGCCCUCGAGCUUCACAGCUUUGCCAUCUGUUAUCGAACGCACCAACAACGUUGUCGUCGGCAGCGGCUUGUUCGACUUCCUUUUGUUUACGAAUGGGACUCUGAUGACCCUGAACAACAUGACAUGGAAUGGUAAACAAGGUUUCUCCGAAGCUCCCAGUGACUUGUUUUUCGUACCAUAUAAUCCUUCGAUUGGCUUUGUGCUCAAUGAGACUGCCACCCAGCCCAUCCCGGCUGUUCCUGUUGGUAUUGUUGCGGGUGGUGGGAUAAUGGGGGUCACACACACAGAAAGAGGUCUCACGUGGGUGACGGUCAAUCUUGCCGGUCACGAAAUCCCGCAAUAUGUGCCGGGAGCAGGGUAUCGACAACUUGAGUUCCUCCUUGGCCGGAUCAGCAAUUUGACGGAGAUAGGUCCAUUUACCACUCAAACAGGGGGCGGGAACAGCACCACAGUGGAAUGAAUGAGAGUUUUGGGUGCACAAUUAGUAUGUAAUUGCAGUUGCCUCGAAGGAUCUGAUGCACCCAUCAGCAGGGGAUAAAGCGGAAUUUUGUAUGAUCUGAAUGAUGUCGAAACAGGCCGUUGCUCUGCAAUCGGUGCAGCUGACAAGGCUUCCGGAACUCAGUGUGAAUACUUCAAUAUAUCCGAGUAAAUCUAUGAAAUGCCUCGAUGAAAUGUAAAGAUGACUCUUACAGCUGA